AUGGAACACUUAUUUGGACCAACACUUAUCGGGAAGCAUGGACCUGUCCCAGUUGCAUCUCUUGCGAACACUAAAUACGUCUUAAUUUAUUUUUCAGCACAUUGGUGUCCUCCUUGCAGAGCUUUUACUCCUAAACUUGCUUUGUUUUAUGAAUCAGUGAACUCAGCCCACAAGCAAGUGGAAAUCAUUUUCUCCAGCGCUGAUAGGUCUCCUGACCAGUUUCAAGAAUACUUUGAAUCGAUGCCUUGGCUAGCAAUUCCAUUUGCAGACGCGGCUCACAGAAAUGGUGUUGCCCAAAGGUUUGGUAUCUCAGGAAUCCCAGCUUUGCUGCUGAUUGAUAGAGAAGGAAAUGUAAAGAGAUCACAAUGCAGAGAAGACGUUAUGGCAAAAGGACCUUUGGCUCUGGCAGAUUGGGAUAGCGCUUUACGCUAA